AAUGGCUAAUUUCUGUAUAUACCUAUUCCUACUCUCUGUGACCUUUGCAAUCUUCAACCUUAGUUCUUGUUCAUCAGAGAGGGAUAUCCUUCUCUCCUUCAAGGCCUCCAUUGAAGACUCUAAGAAGGCCUUAUCUAGCUGGUCAAAUACUUCAGCAAUCCACUACUGUAACUGGACUGGAAUCACUUGCUCCACCACUCCUUCACUCUCAGUAACUUCUAUUAAUCUCCAGAGCUUAAACCUUUCUGGGGAUAUCUCAUCUUCUAUAUGUGACCUUCCUAAUCUGUUUUAUCUCAACCUUGCUGAUAAUAUCUUCAACCAGCCCAUCCCUCUUCAUCUUUCUCAGUGUAGUUCUUUGGAAACUUUGAAUCUCAGUACCAAUCUUAUAUGGGGCACUAUCCCAUCUCAGAUUUCUAAGUUUGCUUCCUUGAAAGUGCUUGAUUUCAGCCGAAACCAUGUAGAAGGAAACAUCCCAGAAAGCUUAGGCUCCUUGAAGAACCUCCAAGUUCUUAACAUGGGAAACAACUUGCUUUCAGGUAGUGUACCUGCUGUCUUUGGCAAUUUCACUAAGCUUGAAGUCCUUGAUUUGUCUCAGAAUCCUUACUUGGUGAGUGAGAUUCCAGGGGAUAUUGGUGAACUUGGAAAUCUUAAGCAACUUUUGUUGCAUAGUUCUUCUUUUCAAGGUGAAAUUCCAGCUUCUUUGGUAGGCCUGCAUAGUUUGACUCAUUUAGAUCUCUCAGAGAACAAUCUAACAGGUGGGAUUUCUAUGGCUCUGGUAUCUUCUCUCAGGAACCUGGUUUCUUUUGAUGUUUCCCAAAACAAGCUUUUGGGGCCAUUUCCAACUGACAUAUGUAAAGGACAAGGCCUUAUAAUUCUCAGCCUUCAUACAAAUGCCUUCACUGGUUCAAUACCCAACUCCAUUGGUGAUUGUAAGAGUCUUGAGAGAUUCCAAGUUCAGGACAAUGGUUUCUCUGGAGAUUUCCCCAUUGCAUUAUGGUCAUUACCCAAAAUUCAGCUCAUUAGAGCUGAAAACAACAGAUUCUCAGGAAAAAUACCUGAGUCAAUAUCAAAAGCUGUGCAGUUGGAGCAAGUUCAGCUUGACAAUAACAGCUUUGGUGGUAAAAUUCCUCAAGGUCUUGGCCUUAUCAAGAGCUUGUACAGAUUUUCUGCUUCUCUCAAUCGUUUCUAUGGUGAACUUGCUCCAAAUUUUUGUGACUCCCCAGUUAUGAGCAUAGUAAACCUCUCUCACAAUUCCCUUUCUGGUCCAAUCCCAGAGCUGAAAAAAUGCCGGAAACUAGUUUCUUUGUCUCUGGCUGACAACAGUCUAACAGGUGAAAUACCCUCUUCUCUUGCUCAGCUACCAGUGCUUACUUACCUUGAUCUUUCAGAUAACAAUCUCACUGGUUCAAUCCCACAAGGGCUUCAAAACUUGAAGCUUGCUCUUUUAAAUGUGUCCUUCAAUAAGCUAUCAGGUAAAGUACCAUACUCCUUGAUUUCUGGUUUACCUGCCUCAUUUUUGGAAGGUAACCCUGAUCUUUGUGGCCCUGGAUUGCCCAACUCCUGUUCUGAUGACAUGCCAAGACACUACACUGGUGGUCUUACAACCUUAACAUGUGUCCUAAUCUCUUUAGCCUUUCUUGCUGGAACUGUCAUUGUUGCUGGUGGGUUUAUAUUGUAUAGGAGAUCUUGCAAGGGGAGUCAAGUAGGGGUCUGGCGUUCAGUGUUCUUCUAUCCUCUCAGAAUUACUGAGCAUGAUCUGCUUAUGGGGAUGAAUGAGAAAAGCUCAAUGGGAAAUGGUGGAGUUUUUGGUAAAGUUUAUGUUGUGAGUUUACCUAGUGGUGAACUGGUAGCUGUGAAGAAGCUGGUUAAUUUUGGAAACCAGUCCUCAAAAACUCUGAAAGCUGAGGUCAAGACUUUGGCAAAAAUUAGGCAUAAGAAUGUUGUUAAAAUUCUGGGGUUCUGCCAUUCUGAUGAGUCAAUUUUUCUCAUUUAUGAAUACUUGCAUGAAGGAAGCCUAGGGGAUUUGAUUUCCCGUCAGAAUUUUCAGUUGCAGUGGGGAGUUAGAUUAAGGAUUGCCAUUGGAGUUGCUCAAGGAUUGGCAUAUCUUCACAAGGAUUAUGUCCCACACUUGCUUCACAGAAAUGUCAAGUCAAAGAACAUUCUUUUGGAUGCAAACUUUGUUCCAAAACUAACAGAUUUUGCUCUUGAUCGAGUUGUUGGAGAAGCUGCAUUUCAAUCAACUUUGGAUUCUGAAGCAGCUUCUUCCUGUUACAUUGCACCAGAAUAUGGUUACAGUAAGAAAGCAAGUGAACAAUUGGACGUGUAUAGCUUUGGUGUUGUAUUGCUAGAGCUAGUGUGUGGCAGGCAAGCAGAGCAAGCAGAAUCAAGUGACUCCAUUGACAUUGUGAAAUGGGUUAGAAGGAAAGUGAACAUCACUAAUGGGGUACAUCAAGUUCUUGACCCAAGAAUAUCACAUACUUGCCAUCAAGAAAUGAUUGGAGCUUUAGAUAUUGCCCUUAGUUGCACUUCUGUGGUGCCUGAGAAAAGGCCAUCAAUGGUAGAAGUUGUUAGAGUUCUUCAGUCCCUUGAGUCAAGGACUUGUAUUGCAAAUUUGCAGGGUCCAAUUGAGGAACCCUCCCUUCCAGUCUGA